GUCAUAAUACCAUACCAAGAACGUAUACACGUCUGCAGCACUCUACGCGUUAAUGCAGGAUUACUUUUUGGAAAAACUCUCUAUUUAUAUGUGAAACGUAACUCGGAAGGUUUUCUUAAUACAGUUUUCUUUAUACAAUUUCAAGAUGAAGGCAAUUUUUCUGGCUUUCCUCGCUGUCUGUGCAAUAAGCAGGGUCGCAAGCUACUCGGACUCAACGGAAAUGAUAACUGGAGAACCACCAGGGAUCUCUCUAACUGUCAGUUUCUUCGGAUUUUUAAAAUUUGGCAUUGGACUGUCCUGGAAUAGAAUUAGCUUUAAGGCACAAGCUGGACCGGUGGUGGUUGGAGGCGGAAUUGGGUAUAAUAGUGAAGGAUUUGGUGCUGAUUUGGGAGUAGGUCUGCAUAGCGAGUCUUCUGAAAGAAAAAGACAGCUAAACGAAAAUACAGAUUCGGACAGAGAUGAAGAAUUAAAGAGACGCGAGUUUGCUACUAACGAAGAAAAACGCAGAAAGGAAGAGUUAGCUACUCUCAAAGAGAAACUCUCCAAAAUGGAGGCUGCACAUAAGAAGAUGAAGGUUGUAAACCAGGCAUACCUUAAAUUCCUUAAAGAUCUUAAUUCCUCAGGGAAACGAAUUGAGGAUGGAAACUGUCUGGUGAUAUUUGGUCUGGUUGAUAUCGAUAACGAUGUUUGGAACGAUGUUGUAUUCCUAUUACGAAAGCUACACUCGAGGUUGAAACAGUCUCACUUGGAUUUUGCUUUUCGAUUCGGAGUCUAUGAAGUGAGGAAUCAACGCCCUGUAAUUGUACAGUUCUCGAGGACGACAGUCAGACAAAUUGUGUUGGACAACACAUAUAAACUAACUGGCAGUGGUGUGGAAAUAAAGGAAGACGUGCAGAUAAAUGUAUUUUACGACUAAUGACUGUUCUUAGAACAAUUAAUGUAUGUAACUAAGCUAAUAACUGUAGUCUCUAAUUGAUGUACAUCCCCUGCAAUUAAGAAAAACGUCCACGGCAAAAAAACAAAAAACAACAAACCAAGCAGUGGAAACAAAAUCUAAUGCCCUGCAGACAAUGAAAAACUCCAUGGCAAUCUCCAUGGCAUUGCCAUUUGCCGUGGGAAAUUACAAGGGUUGGAUGUAGCAUAUUCCAAAACCUUUAUGCUAACUUUACUAUAGUCCAUAAAUUGUGACUAUUUAUUUAGUAGAUUUUACUAAAAUGUUCAAUCUAAUUAAAAUUAGCUCCACUAUUACAUGUGGAUCUAAAACCAGCCAGUUGGAGCUCAUCU